GUAUAUAACUGGUUAUCCUAUGCUAUGUAUGUAAUAAUAAAAGUCAAUAGCAAUACUACAGUACAUAACAGUUACAUAACGUUUGUAUUUUUUAUGUAUAUGUUUUGUAUGUUUGAAAAUCAAUGGAUCAGUUUUAAGUAGUAGUAGUAGUUGUUGUGGUAGUAGUGGUGAUACAAACACUACCAUCGAUUGCAUCAGUUAUCUGAACGUUUGGCUAUCGUUUUGUUUGUUUGGUUAUCAUUUUUUUUUUUGGUGUUGAAGGUAUGAUAAGGGGAUAGACCUAUAAAUUUAGGUAUUGUUUGACACAUCUACUGAUAAUCGGGUUAUAAAUACAUUUGGAUAUACACUUCAAAAACUCUUGAAGACUUUAUAAAGUGAUAGUGAAGUCAAUUGUUGUGUUUUGAAGACAAUAUUAUUAUUAUUACCUCUUGAGACCAGAUUUUUUUAAUCAAGAUUUCCCAACUAUCGCGGCUAACAAACAAACAUAAUGGGCGAAGACGUGGAUCAGCUGAUGACUGCAUCGGCAGUUGCGGCCACGACAAACAUAUCUGAACUGUUUGGCAACAUUAAGCCGCCGCGACUGCAACUUAACGGUUCGGCCAACGGCGCUACGGCUUCGUCAUCGUCGUCGACAAUGUCGCCCACAGCUAAUCAAUCGCCGAUACACUUGCAAAAGGACUGUCUGGUAAAUCCGUCCGAAACGGUAAUUGAGUCGCUGAUGGCCCACUUGAUUACUAAGCUGAACGAAACGGGCGAAACCAUCUACUGUGUCGGCGCAGGCGAGUCGGACAGCGGACUAUCGGAAGACAAUCUGAACGCAUCGGUAGCCAACUUUGUCAAACUAAGCGACAAACUGGACUCCGAUUGUAUUGUUUUGCGCCGACGUAAAGCCGACACCGAUUCCGGUUUGGUGGCCGACUAUCUGGUUCGUCGUCGGGCCAAUCGUAACGAUUUUCAAGAGGUUCGGGUGGCCGUUGUCGGCAAUGUCGAUGCGGGAAAGUCGACACUGUUGGGUGUACUGACACACGGCGAACUUGAUAAUGGUCGCGGACUGGCCCGUCAGCGGCUGUUUCGGCACAAGCAUGAAAUGGAGUCCGGCCGGACAUCGAGUGUUGGCAACGAUAUACUCGGUUUCGACAGCAAAGGAACAGUUGUGAACAAACCCGACGCACACGGAGGUCAUCUCGAUUGGGUAAAGAUAUGCGAAGACUCGUCCAAAGUGAUUACAUUCAUCGAUUUGGCCGGACAUGAACGCUACCUAAAGACUACCAUUUUUGGUAUGACAGGACACGCACCCGACUAUACGAUGCUUAUGGUGGGCGCCAAUGCCGGUGUUGUCGGUAUGACUAAAGAACACUUGGGUCUAGCCCUGGCCCUAAGCGUACCAGUAUUUGUUGUGGUAACCAAAAUCGAUAUGUGUCCCCAUAAUGUCCUACAAAACACAAUGAAACUAUUGCAACGAGUGCUCAAAUCGCCCGGUUGUCGAAAGAUACCGGUAAUGGUCCAAAAUGAAGACGAUAUGUUUAUAGCGGCCACCAAUUUUGCCAGCGAACGUCUGUGUCCAAUAUUUCAAGUGUCCAACGUCUGCGGUACUAACUUGGAUCUGGUCAAGACGUUUCUCAAUCUUCUAACACCGCGUACAACCAAUCACGACAACGAAGCGGCCGAGUUUCAGAUUGACGAUACCUAUUCGGUGCCCGGCGUCGGGACAGUAGUAUCGGGACUGACAAUGCGCGGCGUUAUACGUCUCAAUGAUGUACUGUACUUAGGACCCGAUAGUUUAGGCCAUUUCGCUCCGAUUGCUAUCAAAUCGAUUCAUCGAAAGCGAAUGCCUGUCAAAGAGGUCAGAAGUGGACAGACGGCUUCGUUUUCAUUGAAAAAGAUGAAAAGAUCUGACAUCCGUAAAGGUAUGGUAAUGGUGUCGCCGUCGAUUAAUCCGCAGGCCUACUGGGAGUUCGAGGGCGAGAUCCUUGUGCUUCAUCACCCGACAACCAUAAGUGCCAGAUAUCAAGCUAUGGUCCACUGCGGAAGCAUUAGACAGACAGCAUCGAUACUAUCGAUGUCGCGCCAGUGUCUCCGUACAGGCGAUAAGGCUACGGUUCACUUUAGGUUUAUCAAAAAUCCUGAAUACCUGCACGUCGGCACCCGUAUGGUGUUUCGCGAAGGACGUACCAAAGCUAUUGGCAACAUAUCGAAACUGUUAACCGGAGUGCCGCCCAAUGUGGUCAACAAAACCAAGACAAAGAAAAUGUUUCGCCAAUCGGAACGGUCGUCAAUCAGUAAUCAAAACAAUUUCAAUAGUGAGUCGUCGGAUAUGAAUAACAGUGCGAUGAUAACUACAACAUCUACAACAACAAUAACGACAAUGUCAUCGACAACGGCAUAGCAUUUCACAUAUAUAUAAAUAUCUCUCUCUUUCAAAAUGUAAGGGGAUAUCACAUCCCAUCCCAUAUAUAAGAUCCCAUGUCUCACACAUAAAUGCACAAACAAACACACAAACACCUAACAGUUCACAUCAUGUUUUAGUUAAUAUAACGAUAAAUGUAUUUUUUUAAAAAAAAUACUGUAUUUUAAUAUCCAUUUAACACGAAACACAAAUGUGUGGAUAAAAAAACG